UUCUAAAAUUAAUGGACACACAUUUCAAUUGUUUACAAAAACAAGAUGUGACGCAGAUAAUUUCUUAGCGACCUUGAGCAACAUUCGCUCGCAGACGAUCUGUCUUGGAGAAUGCGCAAGUUUUACUGAAUGUACAGGAGUAAAUUAUGAGGAAAAGUCCUCAACUUGCGAACUCAUAUCCUCAAACGAGAUGACGUGUUCCUUUUCGGCAAACACAUAUUGGAGCCAUGCACAUUUAAAUUGUAAUUAUCAAUAUAAUCGAGACUGUCAAACUUUGCACGAAAACGAUUGCUGGCAAAAUGGCGUUUAUGAAAUAGAACCAGAUUCCAGUCAAUCUACAUUUGACGUUUAUUGUGACAUGCAAGAUGGCGGAUGGACUGUCAUUCAAAGACGUUAUGAUGGGAGUGUUGAAUUUCACAACCAAAAUUGGACAGAAUAUAAAGAUGGUUUUGGGGACGUUUCCGCUGAGCAUUGGUUGGGAAAUGACCUCAUUCAUCUUAUUACAAAUUCAGCAAAUUAUGAGAUCAAAUUUGAUCUGAUGACUCCAGACAAUGUUUGGCACUAUGCAACAUAUUCUAAUUUCUCAAUACAAAAUGAAGCAGCCAACUACCAACUUUCAAUAGGACCUUUUAAAAGUGGCACUGUUGAAGACGUCAUUGUGAAUAAUACUAAGGCAAAUAAGAGACUAAAUGGAAUGAAAUUCUCUACACGUGACAGAGACAAUGACCUUCAAGAAUUAGAAAGUUGCGCCAGGACCGAAAGUCACAAUGGCGGUGGAUGGUGGUACAAUUCCUGUACAGGAGUGUGCCCAAAUUGCAAAUACAGUAUGGAUGGCGUAUACCAUGGACUAGAUUUAGGUAU